GACGUGUUUGUACUCAUGCCAACGGGAGCGGGAAAGAGUUUAUGUUACCAACUCCCGGCGUGCAUGGAUCCAGGGCUCACGAUUGUGAUAUCCCCCCUGUUAUCGCUAAUUGAAGACCAAGUGCAGCAUCUCAAGGCCCUCGGCAUUCCCGCCACCAUGCUCACGGGCGUAAUACCCCGCGACGAACAAAAUGCCAUCUAUUCCACCCUCUUGGCAUCGUCGAAACCUUCCAUCCAACUGCUGUACAUCACGCCUGAAAAGCUGUCAUCUUGUAAACUGUUGAAGCGGGCGAUGCUCCAACUGUCGCGAGAACACAAGCUGUCGCGUUUUGUCGUGGACGAGGCACAUUGCAUCUGUCAAUGGGGCCACGAUUUUCGAAAAGACUACAUGGAACUGGGCCAACUACGCCGUCGACAUCCAGGAGUCCCCAUCACGGCGUUGACGGCCACCGCCAGUGACAAGACAGUGCAAAGCAUUGCUACUUCGUUGGGUUUGGUGACUCCCCACCUUGAAAAGACCAGCUUCAAUCGGCCCAAUCUAUCGUACUCGUGUCGGCUGAAAACCACAACGUUCGCACAAGACUUGAAGGAGUUUGUCCUGUGUCGGCAAGACCAGUCGGGGAUUAUUUAUUGUUUGGCGAGAAACGAGUGUGAAAAGCUCGUGGAGGACCUCACGGGAAGAGACCCGUCGCAGCACUGGGUCGCGUUCUACCACUCGGAAUUGGACGCGGACGAGAAAUCGUACCGCCACCAAGCAUGGAGCAGCGGCAGAAUCAAGCUCAUCGUGGCCACGAUGGCAUUUGGCAUGGGGAUCAACAAGCCAGACGUGCGCUACGUCAUCCACCACAGCCUGCCGCAAUCCAUCACGCAUUUCUACCAAGAAUCUGGACGCGCGGGACGGGAUGGACUGCAUGCAGAAUGCGUCGUGUACUACUCGUACAAGGAUUACUCGCGUCGCAAGAAAAUGUUACCCAGUGGAACCGAGUCGCGGCAAGUACACUUUCAAAACCUCCGCCACGUCAUGGACCUGUGCGAGAACACAACACUGUGUCGUCGGCAAAUGCUACUCGAGCAUUUCGGGGAAGCAUGGACCGACGCCAUGUGCCAGCAAACGUGCGAUACGUGCCAAGGGCAGGCUGUCGACACCAUGGACAUCACAGACGACUGCCUUGCGCUGUGGGACAUAGUAAAACACUGCACCCAGUUGGGAGUCCAGCCCACAUUGAUUCAAGUGGCGCUGUUGUUCUUGGGCAAAAAGCUACCAGGAAAACAAAAGGCGAUGCUGUCGGCCAAGAUUGCCGGCUUUGGACAUGGCAAAGCCAAGAAAUACACGCGGGCGCAUGUCGAGGGGCUGCUGUACUUCAACGUAUAUCGCCAAUACAUCACUGAAAUGUCCAAAGUCAGUGGGAAAUACACGACCUAUUUCCUCCGCCUCGGCCAUGAACACAUGGCGUACGUUGACGAAACGCGCAUCCUUCUGCACACCACAAGCCCCAUCAUCGAGGACCACCGUGAGUAG